GACUGCCGAAGGAAUAAGAAAAACAUAUAUAAAAUGGGAGCAGACGCCCAUGCCAAAACCGACCAGGCUAUGCCUGCGAUCGCCUAUGAUAAAAACGCCGUACUGCAAGAAGCUAAAGUAUUCUCUAAGGUGCCAAUCAACUCAAAAAAAUGUAUAGCGGCAAUCACGAAAAUACUGUACCUUAUCACAAAAGGAAAGGAAACACUCACAGAAGUAGAAAGUACAGAAGUCUUCUUUGGAGCCACAAGGUUAUUUGAGUCGAAUGACGAACGCUUAAGGAGAUUGGUGUAUCUGUUAAUCAAGUCAAUAAAAGCUAGUGAAACUGAAAUAUUCAUAGUAACCAGCUCGCUGACCAAGGAUGUCAACUCAUCAAACCAUAUAUAUCGCGCCAAUGCCAUCAGAGCAAUGUGUCUAGUAGUCAAAAGCAAUGUUGCAUCACAAGUAGAAAGAUAUAUAAAGUCGUCAUUAGUAGACAAUGACCAAUACGUAUGCUCGUCAGCGCUACUGUGUUGCAUACGCAUCUUCACACAAAUGCCACAAGCAGUAAGACGAUGGGUAAGCGAGGCUUCUACAUGCCUGAAUAAUACCAACAAAAUGGUGCAAUUUCACGGAACGUUGAUGAUGUGUCUAGUGAGACUUAACGACAAGCAGUCACUCAGGAAGCUAGUGACAAACGUCAGCAAAAGUGGAAUGGGACAACACACAGAAUGCUUCAUAAUCAGAUUCGUAGCUGCUAAUUUCCAUAUCAUGGAAUCGGAAUGCGUGGAAAUCGUAAAUGCCGGAUUAAAGCACUCCAACGAUGCUGUAAGGCUAGAGGCACUCAAGGCCAUUGUGACACUGGCACUAAACCACUACAAACGCAAUGGCGGGAUGAAGGGAUUUGUAUUUGACAUGAGAGAUGUAAUAACGAUGUUGCAAACAAUGCUGUCGUCAAAGGACCACACCAUUGUGUAUGCGGCAAUGAGACAGGUAUACCAAAUAGCGCAAACAUUGCCACUCAUGAUAAGCGUGUUGAAUGGGAAAAUAGAAGAAAUGUUAAAACGGAAGAAUAAGGACCUAUCGUCAAUGGCACUGCUAACAUUGCUACAAACAGGAGGGGCAGAAACUAUAGAACGGCUGCUGCAACAGGCUAAUUCACUCUCUGGAGAUUUUAAAAGAGCAGUUGCCAAGGCACUCAAAGGAUUGUGCGUGUCAUUCCCAGAUAAACACCCAAUUGUCCUCAAGUUCUUCGCUAACAAUCUACGGGUUAAAGCCUCCAGAAGCUUCAAAAGCGAGAUGAUUGACGCCACCAUGCACAUUGUGGAACGAAUACCCGAAGCUCAAGCCCAGGGACUUAAAAACCUAUGUGAUUACAUAGAAGAUUGCGGAUACCCCGAUUUAAAUGCAAAGGUACUCAAGUUCCUGGGAGAAACAGUACCCAAAUCACAAACACCAGAAGAAUAUGUGAGGUAUAUAUAUAACAGGCUACUCUUGGAAAAUGCAACCGUUAGAGCAGCGGGGAUAGAAGCAUUGGAUAAUAUAGUGCACGAAUGCCCAUCACUUAAAUCGUCAGUCUCAGUAUUGUUGUUGCCAACAUUAAAGGACCCUGAAGAAGAACUCAGAGAAAGGGUUAACCUCACCUACGCACUCAUGCUAGUAGAUGAAAGAGUAGAGAUAAACAAUCUACCAAUGGCAUCCACCGUGGAUUUCAAGGAAUUUGAAACCAAAGUGAAAAACUCAAAUACAUUCAAACAACUCGCCGAUGUUGUGUACGACGUCACAGAAACAUUUAACAUGGACGCCCUCUCCAGGUGCCUGCAAGAAUGUAUAGAAAAUAAUAAUGGAUACGACCAAAUAGACGAAAUGAUGCAGCAAGCGGCAGUGGCUGGUAAUAUGGAUGAAGGAACACAGACGACCCAAGCAUAUGGAGAGUACAAACCAGAGGCAGAUGUACUGUCACAUGUAGAUGUCAUCGGACAAGAAGCAACUGUAAAACCCAAUCUGACAGUUCUACCACCAGAAAUAUUGCAAAUGGUGCCGGAUAACGUUACACUGAUAACUUCAUCAAACGUACACCUAACCGAUGAAGAGGAAGAUUAUAGCGUAGAAGCAAUUGUCCACGCCAGCCAGGAAGCACUGGUUUUGGAAUUUAUUAUCGGAAACACAUUGCCUGACCAGGUACUGGAAAAUGUCGCCGUAUCAUUGGACUACUCGACGUGCCACAAUGCAGGAAAAUGGAACAUAAAAGAUGCUGUACCCAUACCAAGCUUAAGCCUAUCUGAAGAAAAAAGCGCUUACGUGGUACUCACGUCUCAUAACCAAGAUGAACUACCACAUCUGGGCCUUCUAAUGGGCAUGGUCAAAGUGGAUUUCACAUUCGACGUGAAGUGCAGAACUGGUAGCUCCAGGAGCUAUCGGGAUAGUUACAGCGCAAAUGACCUACACCUAGGAAUAGGAAUUUACUGCUCCGAAUGGUCAAUACCGGAAACCGAUUUCGACGAAUCGUGGAACAGGAUAGAUAAAACAGAAGAAUCCGCCACAUUUGGUCUGCAAUUCAAAGACUUACAGGAAGCAGUGGAAUGGAUGCGCAAAUUCUUUGGUAAUAGCCUAGUGAUGCAGCCUAAAGGGAAUAUAGACAGAAUCGCUACACUCAAUGUCGCAGGAAAACUGCUGAACAAAUAUAACUUCCUCGCAAAAGCUACAAUCGCACAGGGCGACACACAAGCAAUAGCACAACCUAACCUGAGAAAAGGUUGUAUACUCAGACUGCAGAUCAAAACGGAAGUUGAUGACCUUCCAAAGAUCGUGUUUGCUUUAUUAGAAUGAAUAUAAUAAUAUAAUGAUGUUAUACUAACACUAUAACC